AUUAUGGGCGUGUUUUUGGCGCCUCUCUCGCCAUAGUCCUGUAGUUAUCUUCUUCUUGGUGUCUUCCCAACCAACCAGUAGCAAAAAAAAUGGCAAAGAAGGGUUGCAAAGAUCUACCAGACGAGUGCUGGGAACUCAUACUCAACAAAUUGCACCAACUCCACCACUCUCUUCUCGAAUCCCCAUCCCUCUCCUGCAAGCGAUUCCUCUCCCUCACCAACGCCCUCCGCACCCACCUCACCAUCGUCGAUCCAAGGGUCUUUCCCGUCUCCGUACUCUUGAAUCGGUUUCCGAAUCUCAAUUCCAUCCAUCUCAGCUGCUUCCGCGACAAAGAUACCUUCGACCGACGGAGCAUCGAUAACCCAACACCCCAUUUUGCCCUCGAACCCCUCGAUUUCCGACGCAUGACCGUAGACGUCGCAACCUCCAAUUUGAACCUCGACUCCCUCAGUUUCUCGGGAACCGAGCUUCAUUUGAAGGGCUUGAGAAUACUGGGAUCCCGUAUGAAGAAUUUGACGGUUUUGACGUGCUCCGAGCUUCGCACUUUACGCGACCUUGAAUUAUUUGCUAUAGCCGAUUCGAUGCCGUGUUUGGAGGAUCUAGAUAUCUCCUAUCCUGUAAAUAACUUUGGUUGGGAGGAUGAUGAAUUCGAGGCUCGGAGCCCGGGUGAAAUGGGCGUGACAGAUACCGGGAUCGAGGUGCUGUCGUCCAAGUUGAAGCGUUUGCGAAAGAUAGACGUAUCUGGUAACGAGUUUCUCACCAAUUACUCACUUAUAACUCUUUCCGCGAAUUGCAUCUACUUGACAGAUAUUGCACUUUGCAACUGUUGGUCGGUUACUGAGUAUGGAAUUGGAUUUGUGAUGCGCAAUAGUCCCAAUUUGAGUUCAUUGUCAGUUCAGGGAAUUGAAUGUGGUCAAUUAGAUGAGCAUUCACUUUGUUGUGCAAGAAAUUUAGCAACUCUUGUUUUCUGCACUUCGACUGUCCCUGAUGAAUUUCUCCAUUUGCUUGUUAAAGCUGGUAUUCCUUUGAAGAGCAUCCACCUUGAUUUUUCCCUCCAACUCCCAAGUUACACCUUGUCUGGAAUUUCGUCGCUUUUAAACAAGUACCAGUCCCUGGAGUGUUUAUCUUUAGUACAAACAUAUUUUCUCACUGAUGAGACAAUGAGUGAUUUAUCUCAAUGUCUCUCUGCUUUAGUCAAGAUAAGGCUCGCUAUUUGUUAUAAUCUAACUGAGUCAACCUUUUUCACGCUUGCAAAGAAUUGUCCUUUACUUGAGGAUAUUACUAUGGAGGCAGCGAAUUUUGGAGGAGGAGAUAGGGCUACCGAAAUUGUGGAAAACCCACGAAUAAAGUCUCUGAACUUGGGAUAUAAUCAGAAUCUGAGCGAUGAAUGUCUUGCUAAAUUUGCUUCUGUAUGCCCCAGUUUAGAGGUGCUUGAUCUGUCUCAUUGUAAGGGUAUAACAGAGAAAGGCAUUGCUGAUUUCUUGAAGACUGGCUCCAAGAUUAGGAAGUUGUGUAUCGUUGGAUGUGGGGGGAUUAAGAACAUUGGAAAUGGUUUUGAACUCUCCGACUUGGAGAUUCUAGGAGCAGCUAGCUCAGGGAUUAAUGAUGAAGGGUUGGUGGUUAUAGGGAAUAGAUGUCGCAGGCUCCUGCAUUUGAACUUGGACGGUUGCUUGGGAGUGACAACAAUCGGAUUGAAAGAAAUAUUGACAAAUUGCGAAAGAUUGAGAAAGAUAAAUUUGACUGGGUGUCUUAAUGUGGGUACGGAAACGGUAGAUUGGAUGAUGUUUUCAAGGCCAUCAUUGAGGAAAAUCAACCUGUCAUAUUCAUGUUUGCCUUCUGAAGAAAGCUGGAGGAAGCUUUUCUUGCGCCAUGGAUGCCUUGUUAUUAACUGUCUGAUUGAACACCUUAAAGUCCAACUAUGAGGAAAUUCAGAGGAAGGAUGGAGUGAUAUAUCGGCUUGAAUGUAAACUCCAUUUGAUGAGUAAGUGUCUUGGAAUUGUAAAGAGAGAUAGGACUUUUGAACGAAGUUUUAAAGAGUGAGGAAGAUGUGCUAGAAUAGAAUGCUUAAACGUGAAAGACAUGUGCCUUGUAAAGUGGAAGCAUAUUACAAUGUUGUGUUGAUUGAUACUGCGAACGAA